UAAAUGCUAUAAGUUUUACAUUCAUGGACAUGGCCCUGAAGAGGGAAGUAGGAUCAAUCAGUGUAAUUACCUGCAAAGUGUUUGAAUUUGAGCCCUGGUCUCGUGAUGUAUUUGUCUAGCGUUUAACUAAAUAAAUAAACAACAGUCAAGCAGGAAGGAAUAUUCUGAUCCGGUAGUGAUGGAGGAAGAAGUCGAAGGUGUACCUCCCAGGUCCAACAAAAUCGAAACUAAAAAUCCGAUCCAGCGGAUGAUUGUCGGUGGUGAUAGAUUUUCUGUCUCAAAAGAAGUGUGGACAGAAGUUUUAUCAUCCCUUUCAAACAUUAUAUAUCUGACAACAAAUUUUGAACAAAAUAAUGGGAAGUGUGUGCUCUGCAAGGAAGCAAAGGCCUGUGUCAUCAAUGGAACUGACUGAAAGUGGAAGUCAGUAUAUCGAAAUCAAUUCAGCUGAGGACAUUACAUGUAGUCAACACACCUGUGAAAAUAUUGAAAGUUCCAGUUGUGAUCAUUGGGCAUGCCCAACAUUUGUGUCGCAUGUGGAAAGUGUCCAUUUUUCAAAUACUAGUAUGAAAACAAAACCGUUUAGAGUUUUAAAUGUGGAAAGUGAAACCGAACUGGUGUCUUCAGUUUCAUCUUUAAAUGAUCCAGGAGUACAUGCUUCUGAAGAAGGGCAGCAACUGUUUGGACAUAGAAGUUUUAAGGGUGUUCCUAGCAUACAGGAUCUGCCUACCAGCAUCAGUUGCUUGCUGACUGGCCAAGUGUUUGAAGAGUUUUCCCCACAGCCACUGAAACUGAUUAAUAUCUAUAUAUGUGCAGAAUUUUAUGACAGUCAAGUGGAGAGGUUAGCAUUGAUGGAGAGAGUCUUUCCAGAUCUAAGGUUGUUCUGUGCCAGGAAUGAUUAUGAGCUAAAUGUUGUGGAUUUACAUUGGGGAGUGCCAGGGGAUUGUCUAGAUGAUCACAGCUUCAGAGAUGUUUGCCUGGACACUUUGAGAGAGCUUAAAAAAAGAGGAAAACUCAUAGUUUUGAUUUUCUUGAAUGAACAACUAGAGUGCUCAAAUUUGCCUAGAAAUAUUGUCAGUUCAGAUUUUGAGUUCAUCAGCAAAAAUGUCCAAUCUUCUGAGGACAAAGAGUUAUUAUAUAAGUGGUAUCUCAUCAAUGAGAAUAUAGUACCACCCUGUUAUUUACUGCAGCCAAUCAGUGACUAUCUUCCAGGAAUAAUUAGCGACUGUCACAACAAACGGCAAGAAGCUAUAGACCAAUGGAGAAAAGAAUCCAAAGAAAUGAUAGAAGUACUAAAGUCUGUGAUGACUGAUGAACAGAAGAUUAAGUAUAUGCAGUCAGGUUGUAUGUUAUUCAAGUGCACUGAUAUCUUACAGGUAGUUAUAAGUAUUUUCAAAAAUGUAGGUUCAGGGAAUGUUAAGUAG